UUGUCUUGAACCGGUUACGCGUCAGUAGUUACAGCAUGAUUGUUGUUUAGAUUCGGAAUUCGUAAAGUUAAGCAAAGUUUUCUUACAAUAAUAUCAAAAUGGCAGCUGUUAAGCCAGAGGUGUUCAAAUACAUCAGAGAACUGAAUAUUAAAGAACUUUUAAAGAUACCAGACACUGAUUUGCGGCCGCUAUUGCCAUGUUUAGUUCGAAUGUCUCUUUGUACGUCCCGUGAUUCAAGUGAGGAAUGGAAAGAAAACAGAAAAUAUUUAUUGCAAUUAUUAUCCGACAUCGAGGCGGUGAAUGACAUCGUUUCGCUGCUUUCAGUCGAUUUUCACGAACUAGAAGUGGACGGAAGAAAAGAGCAACAAAUGCGACUGAAAAGUAUGAACGAAAGUUCAUCUUUUCAGCAAGGAAUUUUACUCGAGUACGAGCGAAGUGAACCUGCACGCAAAUUCCGAAUUAUAAUUUCAGAAUUACUGCCAGUUAUUAUUAAAGUUGAUGCUCAUGAAACUUGCGUACCUUGCGAUUCAGAGUUAUUCUCCAGCCCUGCGUACCUUGAAGAUAUAUCUGAUGCUAUUUGUAUACUCUGUGCUGAACUGCCAUCCUUUUUAAACAUAUGUACAGUUUGUAUUGCUCUGCUACAUUUCCCAAAUGGAAAUUGGUUAUUGACAAAGCUUGUGGCUAACAAUUCUGAAUCAUUUCUAAGCGUUUCUCAAUCUCUCAUGCAAAUUAAUCAACCCAAACCUUCCACACAUGAAAUAACUUCAACAGCUUCAGAUGAGAACUUGAGAUAUGAAGCUUUGUUGUUAUUGAGUUCAAUCAACCCAAUCCAUGCAAUGACAAUACGUGGCUUGUGCAUCCAACAUUGUUGUCUUCCACAAUUAGCUGUAGCUCUUACACUUAACCACGAUCACAACACAGCUGAUGGGUCUAUCAGUAAUCUGACUGCAUUUGUCAGUGGUCUUUUGUUAGGAAAUGAUUCGAAAAUUCGCUCCUGGUUCGCGACAUACAUUCGCCAUGCAAAAGAUAGCAGUGAUGACCAACUACGAAAUGAACUUAUUAAAGAACUUAAAAGUGUAGUGGAAACUGCAGAAAUUAAAACUGAAGGCAACACUGUAAAAGCUGAAAAUGGAGGAAUGGAAACAGAACAAUCUCUGUAUCCUGAAUCAAUGAUCCUUUUAUUGGAGGAACAUUGCCUCAAAGCUGCUGCACUUAUUAGGUUAUAUUGUUCAUUAAAAGCUAUAGCUGGAGUGAAAUUUACAAGCGAAGAAUCAGAGCUUGUUCUUCGUUUGAUGACAUGUUUUCCUCCUCUUACUCCAAGUGGGAUUAGAUUUGUCUCCCUGGCUCUUGGGAUGUUGCUGGCAUGCCCGGCUCUUCUUACAGGGGAAGAGCAAGAAAGAAGAGUUGUUGGUUGGAUCAAAUGGUUGGCGAGCAGGUCCUCUGAGAUGGAGAGGAUUGGACCGGAAGGAUCAUCUUUUGCGGAGCAGCUCCUCCUUACAGCAAUCCACCUCCACGGUGACCGGAGGACAGCAGCAGUCCGACUUGCAUGCUCAACUCUCGGGAUGAGGAUAAAAGUGACAUCUCAGUCUUUGACUCGUUUGAGGCAAAUCUUCACAGAGGAGGUUUUUCCAACGCAGGUGAUUGCAGCUCACGCCACAAAAGUCCCGGUAACAAAACAACUCAAUGCAAACAUGACGGGCUACCUUCCUGUGCAUUGCGUUUACCAAUUACUUAAAACACGUGCAUUCUCUCAAUGCAGAGUUCCAGUUCAAGAUUGGAUUUAUCGUCAAAUAUGUUCAACAAGUUCCCCCUUACACCCACAGCUUCAACCACUUGUUUUACAAUUUGUCUCAACCGUAGUUACCCCGGCAUCCAAGGUGCAUCGUUCGAGACAGGACGGGGCUUUGAACCAACCAUUCAAGUACUCGGAUAUCCUUGCAGUUUAUGGAAUAAUGGACACAAAAGACAGCGAAGGGAUUCAUAUUAAUGAAUCAAAACACUCUCUAACAUCCAUGCUUCUCAUGUUGUAUUAUGUUUUGUUAUAUGAAGACAGCAUCCUUUCAAACAUGAAGACACUUGCUUCAUUACCUAAUCGACCACAAAGAUACCCUGCCACUUUAAUCAAUCAAAUCCCAGUAAAAUUAUUGCUGUUCAAAGCACAAAGACAACCUAAAUCCUGCCAAGGUUUAUACCCAGCUCUACUUGGUCUUCUAGCCACCCAUCUCCCACACUUAUGCUUAGUCGGCGAUUGGAUUGAUGAUUUGGAUUCAAUUUUUGCCAACGGUCCAAAACAUGGAAACCUGAAGAAAGUUAAAGUCCAGCCGACACAUAAACAAUUGCUUGAUGGUUUGUCCCGUUCAGCCAUCAACCCAGCCCCUGCACUGAUGCACCUUCAGUAUUUAUCAAACUCAUCAAUAUCAGCUGAUGAAAUUGUUGGCUUUGUUGAACCUCUAACAUCUGGCCUCCCGUUUUUACUUGACACAAAAGUUUCGAGAAGAAUCCACCAAGAAACGAAGAAACUUUGGCUGAAACUCAACUCUGUAAUUCCAAGAAAGUUAUGUGUGAUGACAAUUAACGCUCUUACUCACCCACAAACAGGGAAAGUAGAAACCUCAAAAUCAUUUCUUUCUUUUGAUGAUUUAGUGAAUGACCCUCUACUGCCCCUAAUGGUUGACAAACGUGUUUUCCACCACCCUGAACUUCUAUCGAUUAUUUUGCGAAUAAUAUCAUCAUGUUUGUCCGCUUCACGCUCACAAGCCUCAACAUUGCUCCGUGCUCAUCCGACCGCGGAAAACAAGUCAUCCACGACCAGAUCUACGAGCCCACUAGGUGUCAAUCAAUCUGCGAGCGAAGCGGAAAAAGAAGAACUCAGAAGCGCGUUAAUCGCGACACAAAACAGCGCUGUUGUUCAAAUGCUCAUAGAAAUCUGCAUGGAGGGAAGUUCCCCUUCAGGGGAUUCACCUAACAUAAACCUCCUCACAUGCAAGAGGGAAGUUCAUUGUUUAGUUUGUUCGCAGUUGCACCAAAUGUUUAUAGAUGACCCAGCUGUGGCAAAACUAGUUCAUUUCCAGGGCUACAAUAGAAAGAUGGUUGGUGUAUUAGUAGCAGGGGUUCCCUCCAUGCAUAUAUGCCUGGAUUUUGUUCCUGAACUUCUCCAACAAUCCAACCCUUCCCAACAGUUGUUUGGAUUAGAACUCGCUUCACAACUGUGUUGUCAUUACGCGCUUCCAAAGUCUUUGUCAAUCGCGAGAUUGUGUGUGAACGUUAUAUCAACUCUAACUACAGUGAUUCCAGCUGCAGAAAGAUGCGGAUACUUCACAGCAGUGUUGCCGACUCUUCCCCGAUUAUCCAAAUCCUUCCCCCCAUUGUUGCCUGAUUGUGUUGAGAUUCUAGAACACCUUGGUAAAGUGACACGCGCUUACAUCACAAUGCAUGAAAGUCACCUAUCUGAAAACUUUGUUGUUUUGGACACGGAUUGGUCGCUAAAACACGAAGAUGAUUUCAUGAAAAACUUACCUGCUCAACACUGUCACCUAGUAGACAAACACGUUUAUCUUUUUCAAAAAAUUCGCGCAACUUUUUUUACGAUGGCGAAAAACGCAAACGAAUUCACAAGUUCUCUGGCUUGAAGUAUAUUUACAACAUAGAGAAUGUUCUGUACCAGAUGAUUAAUGCAAAAAGUUUUGCAACAAUAAAAUACCAGAAAGAAU